UAUGUUGAGACACAGAAUCUCACCCAUGUCUCAGAAUUCCAUCUCAUAGGCUUCUCGGAGGAUCCAGAAUUGCACUUUUUCCUCGGCUGGCUAUUCCUGUCCAUGUACCUGGUCACUGUCAGCGGGAACCUGCUCAUCGUCCUGGCCAUCCUCACAGACUCCCACCUGCACACGCCCAUGUACUUCUUCCUCUGCAGCCUGUCCUUGGCUGACGUGGGGUUCACCUCCGCCACGGUUCCCAAGAUGAUUGUGGCCAUCCUCACCCACAGCCCAGCCAUCUCCUACGCCGGCUGCCUGACUCAGAUGUCUUUCUUUCUCCUCUUUGGAUGCAUGGAUGAUUUGCUCCUGACAGUGAUGGCCUAUGACCGCUUUGUUGCCAUCUGCCACCCCCUGCAUUACCAGGUCAUCAUGAACCCCCGCCGCUGUGUCGGCCUAAUUGCAAUGUCCUUUGUGGCCAGCGUCUCUGAGUCAUUGUUACAUAACCUGUUGAUAUUACCAGUUACCUGCUUCAAGCAAGUGGAAAUUUCUAACUUCUUCUGCGAUCCCUCUCAGCUUCUCAACCUCACUUGUCUUGACACCCUCACUCAUGACACAAUCCGAUACCUUAUUGGUGUCAUAUUUGGUUUCAUUCCUAUCUCAGCAAUCCUCUUCUCUUACAGUAAAAUCAUUUCCUCCAUUCUGAGGGUCCCAUCGCCUGGUGGGAAAUCCAAAGCCUUCUCCACCUGUGGCUCUCACCUGUCUGUGGUUUGCUUAUUUUAUGGAACAGGUUUUGGGGUGUAUCUCAGUUCCGCGUUCUCCACCUCCUCCUGGAAGAAUGCCGUAGCCUCACUCAUGUACACCACGGUCACCCCCAUGCUGAACCCCUUCAUCUACAGCCUGAGGAACAGGGACAUGAAAGGAGCCCUACAGAGAAUUGCCAACAAAAUCGCCUCACAUCUCUGA